CUGGAGUUCGCGGUGCAGAUGACUUGUGAGAGCUGCGUGGACGCGGUGCGCACGUCCCUACAAGGGGUGGCAGGCUUUGAGCUAGGGUUUGAGCUAAACAAGGCCUGGCCUGGCCGCACUCUGCACCAGCUGCACUGAAUCUUGCUCAGCUAGGGAGCCAACCUUGGUUCAGACCAAGGUCAGGAGUUGAGGAGGUGUCCAGAGUGUGGAGGUGCAGUUGGAGAACCAGAUGGUCCUGGUGCAGACCACCCUGCCCAGCCAGGAGGUGCAGGCCCUUUUAGAAGGCACAGGGCGGCAGGCAGUGCUCAAGGGCAUGGGCAGUGGCUUAUUGCAAAAUCUGGGGGCAGCAGUUGCCAUUCUGGAGGGGCCUGGCCCUGUGCAAGGGGUGGUGCGCUUUCUACAGCUGACCCCUGAGCGCUGCCUCAUCGAGGGGACCAUUGAUGGCCUGGUGCCCGGGCCGCAUGGACUCCACGUCCAUCAGUUUGGGGACCUCACAGGGAACUGCAGCAGCUGCGGGGACCACUUUAACCCUGAUGGAGCAUCUCAUGGGGGCCCUGAGGACUCUGACCGGCACCGAGGAGACCUGGGGAACGUCCACGCUGACACUGAUGGCCGAGCUGUCUUCAGGAUGGAGGAUGAGCAGCUGAAGGUGUGGGAUGUGAUUGGCCGAAGCCUGGUCAUCGACGAGGGAGAAGACGACCUGGGCCGGGGCGGCCAUCCCUUAUCCAAGAUCACAGGGAACUCGGGAGAGAGGUUGGCCUGUGGCAUCAUUGCACGCUCCGCUGGCCUUUUCCAGAACCCCAAGCAGAUCUGCUCCUGUGACGGCCUCACCAUCUGGGAGGAGCGACACCGGCCCAUCGCUGGUGAGGGACGAAAGGAGCCAGCCAAGCCCUCUGCCCACCUCUGAGCAUGGCCUCAGCCUCGGCAGCGUGACUGUGCUCCCAGCUGAGCACCUCUACCUGCAGAGAGAGGGGAGGGAGGCCCCGCUUGCCCAGUCCCAGCAGAACUCGGGUACAGGGUGCGUGGGGUUGCUGCGAUGGUCCCUUGGCAAAUUAAAGUUUUAUUUUCAUAUAGAA